AAUGUCAUUGUCAAAUGAUGGCAAUUGGCGCCUGGCGGCCACAGGGCAGUAGACAAACUGCUGAUUGCUGGCCUGAAUGGAGGCUGAGUAGUGUUAGCUUCGUCGUUAGUGAUUAAAAAUAAUUAACUUAUAUGCGUGAAUGGUAUUACCACUGACAUUCGCGUGUUAAAUUGACAUGUGGCAGUGAAUAAACUAGUAAAUCUUAUUAGUUAAAAUGUUUAGAAGUAAAAUAAGAAUACACACAUGCCGAAUUAUCCUCCUUACAUCGCUUGUGUGGUUGUUAGUUGAUGUUGCAAUACUAACUUUUUAUUCCGACUGUUUUGGUGAUGGUUGCAACAAGAAAACAACAAACGAUUAUGGAUUAAGGGAUGUAGAAGAAUUAAGAGGCAAAAAGGCUGCAAUAGCUGCUGGAUUACAUAGAGAUGUAGGUGAUGAUGAUACAAAUCUGGAGGAGAAUGAGGUAGAACCAGAAGUUGGUGAUGAUGGGUUAAAUUUGCCCUCAUAUCCCAGAUCUAGACUUAAGAAGUGGAAGCCUUCUCCACAAAUAAAACCUCAAGGAGACUUACCAGGAGAAAUGGGUAAACCAGUAAACAUUCCAAUAGAACAGGAAAAGAUAAUGCUGGAGAAAUUUCAGGAAAAUCAAUUUAAUUUAAUGGCUAGUGACAUGAUCUCGUAUAAUAGGUCAUUGACUGAUGUUAGAUUUGAAAAGUGUAAAGAUAAGCCAUAUCCACAAUUACUGCCAACAACAAGUGUUGUGAUAGUUUUUCAUAAUGAAGCAUGGUCUACACUGAUAAGAACUAUAUGGAGUACAAUAAAUAGAUCACCGCGGCCACUUUUGAAGGAAAUUAUAUUGGUUGAUGAUGCUAGUGAGAAAGAACAUUUAGGCAAGAAGCUAGAAGAGUAUAUUAAAACACUACCGGUGCCGACGCAUUUGUUUCGUACGGAGAAUCGUUCGGGUCUGAUUCGCGCGCGACUCCUCGGCGCGAAACACGUGAAAGGUGACGUCAUCACCUUCUUGGACGCUCAUUGCGAGUGUACAGAGGGUUGGUUAGAGCCGCUCCUCGCGAGGAUCGUUGAAGACAGAACUACAGUUGUAUGUCCGAUCAUUGAUGUAAUUUCGGACUCAACAUUCGAGUACAUUCAAGCUUCGGACAUGACGUGGGGCGGUUUUAAUUGGAAACUCAACUUCAGAUGGUACCGCGUACCAGAGCGUGAAAUGGCGAGAAGAGGGGGCGACCGAACAGCUCCCUUACGCACGCCUACAAUGGCUGGUGGCCUAUUUGCCAUCGACAGGGACUAUUUCUACAAAAUCGGCUCUUACGACCAGGGUAUGGACAUCUGGGGUGGCGAGAACUUGGAGAUGAGCUUCAGGGUGUGGCAGUGCGGCGGGCGCCUUGAAAUAGUGCCUUGCUCUCACGUCGGUCACGUGUUUCGUGAUAAAUCGCCGUACUCAUUCCCCGGUGGAGUUCAAAACGUGGUCCUCCAUAACGCGGCAAGAGUUGCCGAAGUGUGGAUGGACGAAUGGGGAGAGUUCUAUUACGCCAUGAAUCCAGGUGCCUUGAACGUGCCUGUCGGUGACGUCACUGAACGGAAGGCUUUGCGGGAGAACCUGAAAUGCAAGAGCUUCAGAUGGUACCUGGAGAAUAUUUACCCGGAGAGUCAGAUGCCUCUUGAAUAUUAUUAUUUGGGAGAGAUUCGAAACGCUGAAACGUCUAAUUGCCUUGACACACUGGGCGGAAAAGCUGGACAGCCUCUGGGAAUGGGAUACUGUCAUGGAAUGGGUGGGAAUCAGGUGUUCGCAUAUACAAAACGCAAGCAGAUUAUGUCUGAUGACAAUUGCCUUGAUGCAGCUCACCCAAGGGGUCCAAUUAAGUUAAUCCGGUGUCAUGGGAUGCGAGGAAACCAGGAGUGGACUUAUGACGCUAAGUUGCGCACGAUAAAGCACUCCAACACGGGUAUGUGCCUUACAAAGCCCGAAUCGGCGGAUGUAUGGAAGCCGGUUCUGAGGGCGUGUGAUAAGUCAAGGGGACAGCAAUGGCUGAUGCAACUUGACUUCAAGUGGCAAGCCCGUCGCAGCUAGUGCACCUCGAUAAUAUUUAACAACGAUAGACCACAACAGUCUUCCCCUAUCGUUAUAUAUUAGAUUGGUUUAUUCCUAUGUCUAGUUUUAUAUCGACUUUGCCCAAUUUGACAAUACAUCUCGUAUUCCCUGAUGUUGCUCAAACUGUUAGUUUGCUCUUGGAAUUAUUUAGCGUAAGAUUGUAAUGGUACGAUGGAAUUUUGAGAUUAAAUCCACGUUGGAAAUUUUGGCGUUAACAAAGUUUUAUAAGUGUUUCUAAUCGUGUUCAAAUACGCAAAUAAAUUUAUUGUAUAACUUAAAUUUAAAUUUUGGAAGGUGAUACAGUUUUAGCAGCUCCAAUAUUUAAUACA